UUCCUGGGUAACUAUCCAGGUCAGAAUCCUCCAAAAUCUCAAGAGUUUAACUCAAAGUUGGAGAUCUUCUGGGAUGGUUACAGAUCCUGUGUAAUGUCCAUCAGAAAUUUAAAGUUCGUUUUGUGUUGUAAAUUACUCUACUAUCUACUGAAUAUCCAGCAUUUAUCAUGUUUGCCUUCCCUUAUUAUUCAUUAUCUCCACUGACCCUAAAAGGGCCCACAUUCCCCCUUUUUGAUUUCUUUUCAAAUUGUUUUAUGUAUUUUUUUGCAAUUUGGUGCUUUUUAUAAUUCCUAGCUUUCUGGAAAGUGUGCCUGCAUAGGAAACGAAUACAUUUACAGUAUUAUAAAAUGGUGCUUCCGGUGCAUUUGAACACUUUACUCUGACGCUUGCUCAGUGUAGCCUUCGUGGUGAACAACAAAGCGAUACACUGCUACCUGGCAAACCUAUGGAGAUCUGCUGACAGUUGUUAAGACGACAGAUGCUUUAUUUGGGCAGAUUACGCCAUGCAAAGUGCAUCAAGGUAACAGAACGGAGUGCAGAAUACAGUGUGACAGGUGCAGAGAGAGUGAUCAAACUAACAUUUGAAAGGAAUUUUUUGAAUCUAUGAAAGGAAAUAACUGACAAUGGAACUGUUUGAAGAAGAAUUGACCUGUCCCAUCUGUUGUUGUUUACUUGAAGAUCCACGGGUUCUCCCUUGUUCACACAAUUUCUGUAAGCGAUGUUUAGAAGGCAUCUUGGAAGGAAAUGGGAGAGGUAUGCAUUCCAAAAUCCCUUUUAAAUGUCCAACUUGCCGCAAAGAAACUCCCACCAUGGGAAUUAGCAAUUUGCAAGUGAAUUAUUCACUGAGGGGAAUAAUAGAGAAAUACAACAGGAUUCAGAUCAUACCAAAAGUUCCAAUCUGCAAGAAGCAUAGUGGACAACCACUGAAUAUCUUUUGCUCAACAGACCUUCAAUUAAUCUGUGGAUUUUGUGCUACCAUGGGAGAUCAUGAAGGUCAUUCCUUCUGUGCCAUCAAUGAUGCCUACAAAGAGGAGAGAGAAGCUUUUGAUGGACUUUUCCAAGGCCUUGAAACCUGGUGUUCUGCUGAUGUGCAGUCAUGUCUUGAGAAACUAGAAAAUGACAAGAAAAAGUCCCUGCAAUUAAUAAGCAAGGAUGCAAAAAAGGUCAUGGAAUAUUUUACUAAGUUGCAGCACACACUCGAACAGAAAAAGAAUGAGAUUCUUUCAGAUUUUGAAACCAUGAAGCUGGUGGUAAUGCAGGCCUAUGAUCCAGAAAUAAAUAAAUUGAAGAUGAUUCUUGAAGAACAGAAAAAAGCUUUUGCUUUGGCAGAGACAUUUAAGGAUGUCACUGAUCCAGUCUUAUUUCUACAACAGAUGCAAGAGUUUCGCAGUAAAAUUAAAAUUGUAAAGGAAACCCCAUUGCCUUCCUGCUCUGUAGAGGUGCAUCCUGUAAUGAAAAAUUUCAAUACUAGCCAUUGGGAUAGGGUGAGGCUGAAAGAUGUUGAUAAGGUUACUUUACCUACAGAAACUUACACCUUCAGAUUUAAAACGCCCACUAAAAAGUCAGGUAGAGUCCUUGCAGUUUUUAUUAUUUUCCUCCUGCUUUUUGCAGUGGCAUUCUGUCAUUGUGAGGUAGUACUGAGCCUAGAGAUUUUGAAAAGUCAAGUGAUCGCAUUCACUGACUUGUUGUAUUAUAGUGAGAUUACAGAUGUAUUUUCACGUGCGUGUAGAAGUACUGCUGAAGAGCUGUGGCAGUAUAUAGCAGAAUUUAUGCAAACAUAAAAUGCUGUAACUAGAUUGAAAUAUCACUGCUGAAUCUGCAGUUACACCAUUGACCAAUGUGGAGUUGCAUCUGAGAUCUGUAGGAUCAGAUAUCUGGGACUAAUAUCUUUCACUAACAAGGUACAAUACACCAGAAUGUAAUCAAUAUUUUAAGUAUUUUCACAAAUGAGGAUUUUCAGUUUUAGAUUCAUUUUCGAAUUUACAACAGUUGUGAUUCUAAAUUUCAUUAGAUAGACACAUUUUAGCUGUUUAUAUUGUGCCUAAAUGACUGGAGACUGUUGUAAUUGAAUAGUAGUCUCCCCCAUCAGAUUUAUUUUGUCUUUGCUGUGAUGAUCUGGAAAGGAUCUAAUGAAAUUAAAUGUCUUUGGUGAGUAAUAAUUAUCAAUUUUCUAAACUACCACUUGUAUUGAAUAUUCCAGAUGCAUAUGCUUGCACACAGUGAUGCGUAUCUAUUUCUGUAAAAAGUAGUAUUGCAGCUUUUCUUUCUACUUGUUUCACCGAAAUGAAUGUAAUGUUAUUUUUAUGGUCUGAGUAUUUUUAUGGAUGAGUACAGUUGUGCAUAUUAUUAUAGAAUUGUAAAGUACAUUCCUCAGUAUGGUGCAUAUGCUGACUAAAACUGAUUCUGGAUACUUGUGUUUAAUAAAUGUUUUAAUAAUUUA